CUCGCUGUUCCUCGCCUAACGACGCAAAGUACCUGCCGACUAGAACCUAACCGCAUCGAGCCCGCCCCCUAACCCCAAUCCGCGCUAGCGCUCCAUCUUAUCUAAUCGAUCUCGUACCAUGAAGAGACCACCUCGACGUCACCAACGGGUAAGCUUAGUAACCGAUUCCACCGACAUCUUCCGUGGCCCUCCGCCUCAUCCGCCCUUCUAUCCCCGUCUACUCGCCGACGCAUUCCCAUCCCUAUCCUUAUCCUCCCCUCUUCCCUCUUCCCUUCCCUCCUAUCCCUCCCAACCUCCCCACCGCACCACCCCCUAACCCCCUAUCUCUCUCCCUCCCCCUCGCCCGGCCGACUAUGCCCCGGAGCGAGAUCGCGCCCCUGAUCAGCACCCGCGGCGCGCAGACCAUCACCAUCAGCACGGACGGGCGGCGCCGCGCGCGCGCCCGCUUCGCCACCGGCAUGUUCUGGGCCCUCGCCUGCCUGUACGGCGCGGCCGCCGUCGGGCUCGGCGCCUUCGGGGCCCACGGGCUCAAGAAGACCGUCUCCGACCCCGCCCGCCUCGCCAACUGGGCCACCGCCGCCCACUACCAGCUCGUCCACUCCGUCGCGCUCCUCGUCGCCUCGCGCCGCGAGGCCCCCACGCCCAACCCCGUCGCCGGCACCCUGUUCCUCGCCGGCAUGACCAUGUUCAGCGGCAGCCUGUACGCCCUCGUCCUCGACCCCGCGCGCUUCCGCUUCCUCGGCCCCGUCACCCCGCUCGGCGGGCUCUGCCUAAUUGGCGGUUGGAUCACGCUCGCCUUCCAGUGAGACCACAAGAGAGAGAGAGAGAGAGA